AUGCUGGAGAGGUGGCGAGAGUACUACAAUCACUUGUAUAACGAAGAGUUCUGUCAUCCUCCCAUCCCAACUGUUCCCAGCGUCGAGGGUCCUGUUCUACCAAUUACUGCCGUCGAAGUCAGUGCUGCCCUCGCAAAAAUGAAGUCGAACAAGGCAACUGGUCCUGAUGACAUAACUGCUGAUGUCUGGAAGCUGCUAGGAGAUCGAGGAUCCGUGUGGCUCGCAACUCUAUUUAACAAGAUCGUUGCAGAAGGACGGACUCCAGACGUUUGGCAAACUUCCGUGACCGUGCCUGUCUGGAAAGGGAAAGGAGACAUUGCUGACUGCACCUCGUACAGACCUAUACGACUGCUGUGCCAUACGAUGAAGGUUUUUGAGCGUGUGCUGGAAGCUCGUCUGAGGAAAAUUGUUAGCGUUUCACUCAACCAGUGCGGCUUUGUGAAGGACCGCAGCACUAUAGAUGCUAUCCAUGCUGUCCGAAACCUGCUGGAGAAACAUCAAGAGAAAAACCGCAGUGUGCAUCUUGCUUUUCUCGAUCUCGAGAAAGCGCUCGACCGUGUCCCACAUGAGCUGUUGUGGAUGUCUACGAGGUCGCAUAGAGUACCAGAAGAAUAUGUGCGGUGGACGAAGCUGCUUUAUACGAAGUUGUACGAUGUGCUGCUUGAACAAGCAGGCCAUUCCCUGUACAAGUAG